AUGCACCUAGCACUGCAUACUGCACUACACGAUCUCACUUCCUCGGAACUCUCAAAGCUAUUAGAGCAUGCAGGGUUUUCGCUUCCUCAAGAAGCUGCAGACAGGGAAGCCCUUGCUCGUUCAUUGAGGGCACUCCUCGAUAGAGAGCUGACCGCCUUGGAGGAAGCAGACGAUCAACAUAGUAGCCUUAACCCAGCAAAGUCCCACAAUCACCAUAAGGAAAAGCUAAGGAUGAGGCUUGAGUCUUUGAGAAAGGAUAUAGAUGCAGAGACGACGACCCAUGAUUGUGUUGACUCCCCUUCCAAUAAGGUGCAGCCCCAGUCGCGUCCCUUCAGCCAAAUAAGCUCCCUGCGGCCUCUGUGGCUUGAGCAGCCUAGGCAGUUUUCGUGGGAUAGCGAGCUGUACUCACUAAGAGAACUCGUAGGUGGUCUCACGGAAGGUGGAGAAGGAAAUUACCCCCCAUCAGAAGAAAGCCUCCUUAGGGUACGCGACGAGCAAGUUCGGGAAAUCAUUUUCCUCCCUGCACAGCUCAUGGAGGAAGAGGUCGAGGCGGCCGCGCGGCUGCUGACGCGGUCUACAGCGCCAUCGGCACCUCAGUCCUCCGGUGUUUCCCCUGUGCUGCCUCAAGAGACGCAGGGGCCUGUCUUCGAAGGCCGCUGCAGCGCCUCAACUAUAGGGGCUCCUCGUACACUUUUACGGCUCCAGUACGAGCUAUCGCAAGUCAUCAAAGACCUCAACUCAACGUUUUGUCUCCUGCAGAGCGGGGUGCAGUGCCGUCCGAGGGGGCCUCCCGGAGAAUCUGGCCCAGGAGUGCAGCAGAGAGGCGCUGAGGGCCUUGCGGACCCCCAAGAAGCACCCGAGAGCUCUGAGAUGAUGACUCCAGAACGCCAAAUCGAAGCACUUAAACAGCCUCUCUUGUCUCUUUUGGGUCUUAUGCCUGAGUUCAAGGACAGGAACGAGCUACUAGGGGCCGCGUACUGCACAAAAGUGAAGAGGGAGGCAGGAGACUCCGCCGAAAACGAGAAACUGAGGGGUAUUCUCCUGCUACCGGGGAAUUUGAGCCCCAGGUAUUGUACACAAUUAGGCGGAGGGACUCAAAGUUUGGCGCAAGCACCUUUGGUGCAGCUCAUGUGUAUUUUGAUAUCUGUGCCUCCUUGGCCUCUCAGACCUCUUUUAGUCCCCCUUCUUUCUUUAUACGCUUCAGUCUCUUUCUUGCCUGCUUCGUGUCGACGUAUCCUCAGGGAUGCCCGUGUGCGCUAUUUGGCGGACCGCAUCGCGCAUAGCUGCCAAGCGUUGGUUCUUGUGCCCGAGCUUCUCCCAUCUGGCAGUAAUCCUCCUUCCCUUGCCGAUUCUGCCUCUUCCCCGUCCUUAAACCGCUUAGCUGAGGGUCAGCUAGCUGCAAUGCGUUUGCGCCCUUACGGUCUUCAGGGCCUAAUAGCAAGGGCCCUCCUUUGGAUGCAUCUCAGCGAAGGGGCCCAGACACUGGGACUGGUAGGGGUGGGGGAGGGCGCUAAGGAAGCCUUACUUUUUGCUGCGCUAGCAGCACCAGGCGCACAUGCAUCUGUGGCGCUACCGGCGGCGGCCUCAGCAGUGGAGAAAAAUUGCAGGCUCAACGAGGGCCCCAGUUCUGCGUCUAUGGCCCAGGACAGGAGACUCCUGCCCCACCUGGAUACUGUUGUCGCAUUGUACCCCACAGAAUUUAACAUUGACCAAGUUGCUGCGAAGCUACAACUUCCAACCCUAGCUCUGUUCGAUGAGGAGCCGAUCCCAGCAGACAAACGGCUGGAGCCUAAGAACAAAACAGAGGGAAACCCUCACGGCAUUGCAGAGGUGGUCCCCUCUUCCUUUGCUGCUGCGUUUGACAAGGCGUUGCGCAAAAUUGGGCGCACGAAGGAUCACUGGGUGCAAGCAGUGCCGCGUUCGGCCAAAUCGCGUCGGGGAAAGUUUAGUGAGCUGGUAAAUGACGACCUGCUGCUCAUGACGACUUCGUGGCUUAGCCUCUGGAUGGGAGGAGAAGUGCCGCACUCUAUAGAUGCAGUGCGAGAUGUCAGCGGAUUUGAACUCCGCUUCCGCGAUUUCAGGCACACAGACUCAUCGGUCUCACCCAAGGGUGAGCAAACGAGUGGUGGUGCCAGUACCACAUAA